CGCGCUGCGGCCACUAGGAUUCGGUCAGCGCGAGCAAACGGAGCUUGGGGCUCCAGGAACAGACGGGAAGACGACGGGACAGAAAAUCUGCGCCCCCGAAUAAACAGUGAAAAUACAACACACCCGCAUCAAAUAUCACAGCCAGAGCGACACAUAAGCCCAUGGACUGGAGCAAGGGCGUGGUCGCAGGUUAGUUUUAGUGAGUUUGCAGGGUGUUCCUUCAUAUUUUUCCCCGUGUUUGUCACAGAGGGAGGAGGUGGAACGCACCGCCGCCAUCUUUGGGACCUGCCUGUGACUGAAAAGCGAGCUUCUGGGCCACGGCUGGCCUUGGAGAAGAGUUGCAAAACGCUAAACAACAACAGCAGCUUGGUUUGACAGCACUCAACAAGGCAACAACAUCGCAGACCAAUUCGGGGAGCGCAGGGAGAACAACAAGCGUAAAACGAGAAUCUCGGUUCCACUCUUCCUCCCCCCGAACUGCUUGAGCACUAGCUACUCCUUGGAUACGGUAUUAGCUCCUGUUCCUUUUAAACCUGGCCCGUCGGACGGGUGCUGAUGCGUACAAGGCCUCCUUCCUGCAGAUGAGCCAUCGGCGGGGGCUGUCGCAGCGCAGUCGCAGUCGCAGGCCCAGAUAGUCCCCGGCGGCCGCGGCAGCAUGCCCUCCACCAGUCGGGCGGGGAGCCUGAAGGACCCCGAGAUCGCCGAUCUCUUCUUCAAGGACGACCCCGAGAAGCUGUUCUCCGACCUGCGCGAGAUCGGCCAUGGCAGCUUCGGGGCUGUGUACUUUGCGCGGGACAUCCGGACCACAGAGGUGGUGGCCAUUAAGAAGAUGUCCUACAGCGGGAAGCAGUCCAACGAGAAAUGGCAGGACAUAAUCAAAGAAGUGAAGUUCCUCCAGAGAAUUCAGCACCCGAAUAGCAUAGAGUACAAGGGAUGCUACCUGCGUGAGCACACUGCCUGGCUGGUCAUGGAGUACUGUCUUGGCUCGGCUUCAGACCUGUUGGAAGUCCAUAAAAAGCCACUCCAGGAAAUAGAAAUAGCAGCAAUUACCCACGGUGCAUUGCAGGGCUUGGCCUACCUUCAUUCCCACAACAUGAUUCACAGAGAUAUCAAGGCUGGGAACAUCCUGCUCACGGAGCCCGGACAGGUCAAACUGGCCGAUUUUGGCUCCGCUUCCAUUGCCUCUCCCGCCAACUCCUUCGUGGGGACGCCAUAUUGGAUGGCCCCAGAGGUGAUCCUGGCCAUGGAUGAGGGUCAGUACGAUGGCAAGGUGGAUGUCUGGUCUCUGGGAAUCACCUGCAUUGAAUUAGCUGAGAGGAAGCCUCCACUGUUCAACAUGAAUGCGAUGAGUGCCUUAUACCAUAUAGCGCAGAAUGAGAGCCCCACACUGCAGUCCAGUGAAUGGACGGAUUACUUUAGGAACUUCGUGGACUCUUGCCUUCAGAAACUCCCCCAGGACCGGCCGGACUCUGACGAUCUGCUGAAGCAUGCCUUUGUCCAGCGGGAGCGGCCCGAGUCGGUUCUGAUGGACCUGAUCCUGCGGACGAAAGACGCCGUGCGCGAGCUGGACAACCUGCAGUACCGCAAGAUGAAGAAGAUCCUGUUCCAGGAGGCGCACAACGGGCCGGCCGCGGAGGCGCAGGACGGAGAGGAGGAGCCAGAGCACAGCGUGGGCCGGACAGGCACGGUGAGCAGUGUGGGCAGUAACCAGUCCAUCCCCAGCAUGUCCAUCAGCGCCAGCUCCCAGAGCAGCUCCGUCAACAGCCUCCCCGACGCCGCCGACGACAAGAGCGAGCUGGACAUGAUGGACGGAGACCACACCGUCAUGUCCAACAGCUCCGUCAUUCACCUCAAACCGGAGGAGGAGGAGAGCUACCAGGAGGAGCCUGAGCCCCACAGCAGACCCUCUGAGCCACAGACGCCCCCCACUCAGGCCCCACGUCAGAAACCCCACUAUCGCACCAACCGCGAACACUUUGCCACCAUCCGCACAGCCUCGCUGGUGACGCGGCAGAUGCAGGAGCACGAGCAGGACUCAGAGCUGCGGGAGCAGAUGUCGGGGUACAAGCGCAUGCGGAGGCAGCACCAGAAGCACCUGAUGGCGCUGGAGAACAAGCUGAAGGCGGAGAUGGACGAACACCGGCUGCGUCUGGACAAGGAGCUGGAGACCCAGAGGAACAGCUUCGCCGCCGAGAUCGAGAAGCUCGUCAAGAAGCACCAGGCCACCAUGGAGAAAGACGCGAAGACCUUCGCCAACGACGAGAAGAAGUUCCAGCAGCACAUCCAGGUCCAGCAGAAGAAGGAGCUCAGCAGCUUCCUGGAGUCCCAGAAACGCGAGUACAAACUGCGCAAGGAGCAGCUGAAGGAGGAGCUGAACGAGAACCAGUCAACGCCCAAGAAGGAGAAGCAGGAGUGGCUGUCGAAGCAGAAGGAGAACUUCCAGCACUUCCAGGCGGAGGAGGAGGCCAACCUGCAGCGGCGUCAGCGGCAGUACCUGGAGCUGGAGUGCCGGCGCUUCAAGAGACGCAUCCUCAUCGCCCGCCACAACGUGGAGCAGGACCUGGUGCGAGAGGAGCUGAACAAGCGUCAGACGCAGAAGGACCUGGAGCACGCCAUGCUGCUGAGGCACCACGAGUCCAUGCAGGAGCUGGAGUUCCGGCAGCUGGGCACCAUCCAGAAGAUGCGGGCGGAGCUGAUCCGCCUGCAGCACCAGACCGAGCUCACCAACCAGCUGGAGUACAACAAGCGCCGCGAGAGGGAGCUGCGCCGCAAGCACGUGAUGGAAGUGCGGCAGCAGCCCAAGAGCCUCAAGGUCUCUCUCCCUUUCUCUCUGCCUCCUCUUCACCUCCCUUCUGCCUGCCUCCCUUUUUCUCUGCCUCCUGCACUUCACCUCCCUUCUGCCUGUCUCCCUUUCUCUCUCAGUGAAGCCAUCUGGUCUAAUCUGGUACAGCACCUUUAGGGCUACAGCGUGCAGACCCGGCGUGUCUCACCCUGUCCUUCUCUCCCCGGCGCUCAGCUGCGGCUGGACGAGGCUCAGGAGGCCGAGUGCCAGGUGCUGAAGAUGCAGCUGCAGCAGGAGCUGGAGCUGCUCAACGCCUACCAGAGCAAGAUCAAGAUGCAGACGGACGCGCAGCACGACCGCGAGAUGAAGGAGCUGGAGCAGAGGGUGUCCCUGCGCCGCGCCCUGCUGGAGCAGAAGAUUGAGGAGGAGAUGCUGGUCCUGCAGAACGAGCGCUCGGAGCGGAUCCGCAGCCUGCUGGAGCGCCAGGCGCGGGAGAUCGAGGCCUUCGACUCGGAGAGCAUGCGCCUGGGCUUCAGCAACAUGGUGCUGUCCAACCUCUCCUCCGAGGCCUUCAGCCACAGCUUCCCCGGGGCCCCCGGCAGCUGGUCGCACCACCACCAGGGCGGCUCCCAGGGGCCACACUGGGGCGGGGGGAGCGGGUCCGGAGGGGGCGGGGGAGGCCACCACAGCAGUCAUCACCACCACCACCACCACCACCCCAGCCAGGGAGGGCCGUCGCAGCAGGCCUGGGGCCACGGCAUGCCGGGCGGGGGCCCCCAACCCUGGGGCCACCCGUCGUCGGGGCCCAUGGGGGCGGUGCCGCGGGCGGGGGGGGCGGCCCGGAACAGCCCCCAGGCGCUGAGGAGGACAGCCUCCGGGGGGCGCAGUGAGCAGGGGAUGAGCAGGAGCACUAGCAUCGCCUCGCAGAUAUCCAACGGGUCACACCUGUCCUACACGUAGACACGCCCAUAGCUCCAGAGCAGGGCAAGGGGGACCGCCGGGCCCUGGGGAGGGGAGGGGCAGACGGGCCAUGCCCUCGCUCCCCCCCCCUCCCCACGCACCGCUCUCUGUCUCUUUCUCCCUCUCCCGUUCUUCUUCUCCCUCUCUCCUCUCUUUCCCCACCUCCCCGUCCUCUCACCAGACCCCUGUGUGCAAGGGACAGUGAUGGCUUCCGCCCAGGCAGCAGCUUGUCCGCAGCUGUCUGAAGUCCAUCGGUCUCCCUGUGUUCACCUCAGCUUUGUCUAAGCCCACAGGGGCACGGUGUUGUCCAAAUUCUCACUUAGAUUCAAAAUCCAUCACCGUCAGGCUAAAAUUCUGCACCCAAAUCAGAAAUCUGCAUCCAAACCAGAAUUCUGUAAUUUUUUCGUUGCAAUAUAUUUUCCCAUCCUGAUAAUAAUUUAUUUCAAGAUAUUGCAGUGCGUCGCAUUUUCAACAAGUCUCCAAAGGAGUCGAAACCUAUUUGGGUGUGGACUCUUGGGUGCAAUUGCUCCUCUCGUCCAUACCCGACUCGUAAUUGAGCGCUAAAGGCUAGACUCGCGGUUGUCAUAGUCCGCCGUAGCCCUCUGGAAGUUGAGUUCUGGAUUAGGCUGCUGACUUUGAAUAAUGCCCUUAUCCACUUUAGUUCAGAGGAACACAUUUUUCAGCUCCGUAGCUGGACUUGAAAUUGAAGUGCAAAAAACUUUAAGCUGCUGGAGGGAAAGAUGACAGAAGAAGGAAGCGGAGGCAGUGAGAAUGUGAGGGAACGUGUUAUUGGGGGAGCAGGUUUGUGACCGUGUCUUAGCCUUUAAAGCAGGGCAGUUUUUAUAUUUCUUUUCCUUUGUCAGGUUUUGCUCAGACCACUAUCGCACUGCACCCUUUCCAGCAAUAGCAGCUCUUGGUUUGUGCACUUUUUCCCCAGCGUCGAGUGGAGAAAGGUACACUCGACUUGCUGUGGAGCAUGUAUGGGUAGCUCUACGCGUUCAGAAAAAAUGCACACGUGCAUACAUAUACAGAAGCAUCAAUGUAACAGUCUCCUUUUCCAGACAUCUCCACAAGGGUGAUGUAAUAUUACACAGUCCCUAUGGGCCCCACAAAGCCCUGCCCGCCACAGACCUUGAGAGAUAACCUGGGGGUUUACGUUCAUUUCUUAACUGAAAUGACCCUGCUCACCCCUGCGCAAACAACCACUAACAGCCCAGCUGCAGCUGCUGCUACUUAUUUAGCCCAGGUAUGCCUGUUUUAGUGUUGAUUCCAGUGCAGGCUACGUUCACCCAGUUAGCAGGCUGAUGCUUUUAACACUUAGGAAUGCAGUGCCAAUAGUGAGAUUGAACCUUUUUUUUUUCCAUAAACACUAAUUGCUCAGCUUUAAUUUUUUUGUUUUAAAGCUUGAUUUAUCUAUUGGAUGAAUACUACUUUUUACAAUUAAAUUUUUUCUUAUUUUAAACCUGAGACAGACUUUAGGAAAAGAGCCACAGAUGUAAGUACUGUAGUUUAUUGUACUGUAAAUCUCCAGAGGACUGUACGUCAUUGCCAUUGUGAGGUCACCGCCGCUGGUGUCAUGGAAACCGGACCGCCUCAUUCCGUUUCACAAAUCAGCAGCCAAAACAGGCCGUGUGCCAAAAUACAUGCCAAAACAGGACAGGACAGGACAGGACAGGGACGGAGUCCUUACUGAUAAGAUGCGCUGAGGUUCUCAAUGGAAACUUCCAGAACACUAAAACCGCAUACAGGGCCGCUGUCCCAUGGGGACCGUUCUGUCCGAGGGUUUAAUUUUUGUAGAUAGAUGAAGGAAAGCACUGGAAGAAAAGCGAGGCUGUCGGGAUGAAAGCAGCAGUGUUUCCCUGGACAGAACGCGAUGAGCCACACUUUCACUUAGCCCCACAUUCGCGUCACAUGCACUGCUUGUGAUCCUCCACCGGAUCCAGUUCAGCUCUUUCUCACACUAAAAGUUGCUAAAUAAACGUGUGGGUUAUCGUGAGGUCCCCCCCCCCCCCCCCCAAUCAAUUUUGAGGCAGCCGUUUCUGAAUCUCUUAAACUGGUUAAGUUUAUUGUUUGUUGGUAAAGACGUGGUGUCAGGUGAAUGUCCAGGAGAGUUUGCGUGGGACGAGUUGAGUCAGCGUUUGAAGUGAUGGCCUUUCUGCAGCACGUACAGCACUUAAUCACAUUGCUGCGAGGGACAUUUUGACUUUUUAGGGGGAAAAACAACAACGCAUUAGUGUCCAGCUUGUCUGGGCUUCAGGGAGUGUAGUGCUUAAGCAUGCUGGUGUGCCAACAAGAUUUUAUCACCCUGUCCCCUGCAAAAUGUUGAACUGAAGGAAGGUGAAAGCACUGUUUUGGAUUAGAUGCAGAAGCACAGAAUUAUGGGAGCUAAAUUGCCAUUAGGCAAUUCGACACUAAAUUGCACAAAGGGACGGUCAUGUUUCGCAGUUCACUGCAUCGCCAGAGGGGGCAGUGUGCAGUGCGCUUUGCUGACAUGGAGUACAACCCUUCAGCGAGUAAUUCAUACACUAUUAAUUCAGCACACUAAUUACGCAUCUCAGGUCCACUGUGGAUCAGUGAAAAACAGUUGCUUGAGCGCUUGUACCUUGAAGACGUGGGGUACCCCAGCAGGACUUGGGAAGGAGUGCAGAUGCAGGAAGCGUAGCAGGAAGUGGGAGCGCAGGUUGUAGCGAAAGACGUGUGGGCAAUCGGCAAUGAGGUUGUGAACUUCAGACAUCCAAAGGUGGUGGCGUCGAGCAGAGUGGCCUUGGAAUGGACUGCCCUGUCUGAUAUUGAGGAGAUAAGAAUGUUGGUGUGACAAAAUGGCACUUAUUUUUUGGUAAAGAAACAUUUUUUCUUGGGUUUGUUAAAAGGACCCAUAGAGUGAACAGUUUGUAUAUAUGGUGGUUUUCCGAGUUGUAUAUCUCAAAAGAAUGGGUUGGGGGCAAUCUUACAGGUGUAACUUAAGUACACCUGACUGAGAGUUUAAUGUUGCACAGGGAGAGAGGUGUAGAAAGGUGUAGUGGUUUCCUCACAGCAGCACUAGAUAAGGAGCAGGAUGGGAGAGCAGCUUGUGGAGGUACAGACCUCAGGGCCUGGGAGUCUGGGAUUGUGUCAGUGUGUGGAACGUGUCAUUUCUUCUCCCAUUAAUCAGGAAAGGCUGUUUUGCUUUUUUUCCCCUCAGAGAACUUUGGUAUACGUGAACUUCAGAUGUAUGAUGUUUUUUUCUUUGUUUUUUUGGGGGGUUUUUUGCAACAAAGCCAAAUAACUGCUGUCCUCCAGAUAUAUACAGGGUUUGAAAGUAUGCAUUUGCUGAUUAAGCAGGGGGGGGGGGGGAAAUCACAUCCUUGAGAGGGAGUGAUGACAUAAUUCAGGAUGAAGUACCGCGAGGUAGCGGGCCGUGGAAGGAAGAGGGAAGUGCAAAAUGUACAGUAAGCUGUUUGUUUCAGGCCCUGUGUUUCAGGCCCUGUGCUUCAGGCCCUGUGCUUCAGGCCCUGUGCUUCAGGCCCUGUGUUUCAGGCCCUGUGCUUCAGGCCCUGUGUUUC